AUGAACAAAGGCAGGAGAGCUGGAAAUUUGGGAGGCAAGGAAAAAAUUUGGACCCGGCUUAUAUGGCCUUACUUGCAGAUGCCUAAUGAGAAGGUGAUGGCUUUCAAACCCCGUACGCUUUUUAAGGGAGCGGAGAAUAUAACUUCCAAGGUAUUGGAUCUAAUAUUUCAGCCGCAAAUUUUUGACUUUUCAAGUGCAGCAGAGGGGGAAAUGUGGUAUGUUCUGCUUUAUGGUGAAAAACAGCUUAUUCUAACGGACUCUGCAGCUAAACCGCGCGGUAAACAGAUCAGCGAGUAUCUGGGCCGUUUCUUCUGCAGUAAUAAUAUAUAG